AUGGUGGACACUCUCUCUGGGACAAGUCCUCUAUUUCUGUCUGUUCUCCAGCCUGAGUUCUGCUGCCUUCCUCUAGUCAGAUGCUCAGAGACCUGUCUGUGGACUAUAAAGAGGUUUUUGCUUUGGAUUUUUUCAAUAAAAAGGAACCUGAGCUGCCAGUGAAGGCCUACAAUAAAACUCAGAAAAUGGAGUAUACAUCUGGAAGGAGAACAACAAAUGUCUGGAUUUUUUGGGAAAGAGGCCAUCUGCAAGGCAAGAUGCUUUAGGAGCGACUGACUGAACCAACAGCAGCAGACACAGCACAUACUUCUGAGGUCUCUGUUUGCAUGUAUGACUGAACAACUGAGGACAGAUCUCUUUAUAAGUGAGCCUGCAUCAUGACCUCAGUUGAGAAGCGUCGCUCAGGCCGAAAGAGUGGCAGCCAUCGAAAGCACAGCGAUGGAGGCUACAGCGAUACGUCCAGCAGUGGGUCGUUUCUGGACGAGACUGACCGCGAGGUCAGCAACCUGACAGAUCGAGCAUUCAGGAGUCUCUGCAUUGGAGAUGAGGCGGUUUACAAUGACUCAGACCUCUGUUCAUCUUCACCCUGCAGCCAGAGAGACAAACAGUUGGCUUUUGGCCAGAACAGAGAGGACAGAGAAAGGGAGGAACUUAAGAGAGCUGCACAUGAGAGCUUCAGGCUCAGGGUGCAGCAGUAUGAACAGGACUGGGUCCAUGGAGGAAUGUCUGGGGCUGAAAUCUGCAGGGACCCACAUUGGGAGAUUCAUGGGGAAAUGACACAAGGGAGGGUUUCUGCCACAUUCCAGCACUCCUUUGUGGAAAGUGCUCAGCAAGAGCAAUCUCUGCGGGAAGACCAGCUGUCCUUCCUCAGCAAUGGAGCCACUGAACUGAGUUCACAGCAACGCAGAAGCCGCUCUCGAGUUUCCUCCCUCAUCAGGACCUUCAACUCUGACAGUCAGAGUGAUGGAGCAUGGACGGAUGGCAAACUCAGAGAGAGGUAUAAUGGCAACAGCUGGGACAAAACAGCGCUGAUGAGUAUUCAAAGGGAACUCUCUGAAUUCUCUAAUUCAUACCAGCAAAAUUUUACCCAAGAUAAUUUCCCAACAGCGGACCCAUUCUCCUCUCGAAACGCCAACUUGUACUCCGCUCAAGUAGCAGCAGUGGCACAUGUGAAUUCAGCUCCCUCUUUCACAGGCACUUCCCACAGCAUGUUUAACUGCAACUCUAACUUCUUUAUACAUAGUGAGUUUAGUCCCUUCAGGGUAUGGAGGGAUCAUAACAGGUUUCCUUUUCAACAAGAACAAUUCUCUGGGUUUUCGCAUCACUCUGAGAUUCCUAAAUGGUAUGAGACACCAAUGUACAAGGAGCUUUCACAAGAGGUUCAACCACAGGGUUCGUAUAGGUUUAAGGAGAGGGGUAUUGGAUAUUCUAGGAAUAACUUGCUGCCAGGUGUUCCUCCCUCUCCUCCACGCUCUUCAUCUACAGUGCUACAGAAAGCUUUGGCUGUGGAGAAACGCUGUGAGUCAGAGCUGAUGGGUCAAUAUACCCACAGGAAGCGGAUUCAGAGCCUUGGGACGAAAAGGCUCCCAACCCAACGCCCAUCCACUGCAUCACCCACAAGUGAGAUGUCUCGACGUGUGCAGGAAACCAUCAGCUCUGUGAAAGCCCUGCAGCAAAAAAUCAAAAAGAUGACAGAGCAAAACAUGGCAACAGGGAUGACAGCAAAUCAACAAGGAGCACUUUGUAGUGAAGAAGAUUUAAUUUCUUAUGGUCAUAAUGCAGUAACGUUACCAAAUGUUGUCAGGAGCAACACAACCCCCCUCAACAUCAGUCAGCUGCUCACACCUUCAGGGCAAACACACCAAGAAGCAUCAGUGGUUCAACAAUGUGCCGCUUCCCCAGAACCUGUGGAACAUCCUCCAGUACGAGCUGAAAGUAGGGGAGCUACCCCUGACAUUAGAAUGUCCGGCUACAGAUCCAGAGCCACAAGCCUACUCUUCAAUCUCAAAGACAACAGGAAAAGAGUAAAAAACACCUACAGCCCCACCAAAUUUAAAAACGCAGAAAUGCUGGAGAAAAACAAACAGCCCUCUGCCCAGCAGCCGAGAGACACUGUCAUAGAUAUCCCUGAUUUUCCAGAUACGGACAUUCAGUUCACGCAUGCUGCCUCACAUCAAUACGUACAGCAGUAUCAAAACCCUGGUUUGUCUUUUGCAACACAAAAUCCUUGUCCUACAUCAGCACAUGCAGGCCAGUAUUCAGAGUACAGCUUAAGUGAUUACCAGACAGCUGAGAAACAAGCCGAGAUGGUUUGUCACUCCACGUUCACUGGCUUCACACCUGACAAUUACACUGCCACUCAGCUCGCUAAUGGACAGAAUCCCCAUGAAGACUUUCAGUCAUUAUCGUCCUAUCAAUAUGGUAUGACAGAUAAUGUAGAGUCUCUGAGAGGAGGUGUGUGUGGGCUAAAUGCAUCGUAUACAGCUACAGACACACCAAAACAUACGGUCAACAAUCAAACUGGUGAUUAUUUCAGAAGUAAUGCAAAUGCUGAGCAAUAUUUCAAUGAAACAGUGGAGAGGGAAUUCACAAAGGUGGAAAGAUAUCAGCAGCCCAAAGACAACAAACAUGAUUACAGUAAUGUGUUCUCACAGGAAAGGUGGAGAAAUGAACAAGACACAGAAAAGCUCAUCUCUCCAUGGAAACAAGAGAAAACUGCUUUCAUAGAAAGAGACCAACAUUCACAAGCGUACCAGAGAGCAGCCAUAAUUAAGGAGGAACACAAUUUAUCCAGAGACAAAUACAGAGGAAAAAAUCCAAAUAUAAAUACAGAAGUUGAUAAGUUAGACUUUGAACAGAGUUUUGUGAUGGGAACAUCUCAUAAAAGCACCGGUUCUAUCAAUCCUAGCGUUUCAAAACAACUACCACAAUGUCCUCCUAUAAUUAGCAAUGAUGCUGUAGAAAACAAAACCUAUUAUGGACAACAGCAGCAACCUGGAACAAUAAGGGACAAACAUGUACUUCAAACGUAUUAUGGAAACAAUGAUAAAAAGGAAACAAAAGACAACUCUUUGACACAGAAUUAUAAUAGGCAUACUGAUCAGGAUUAUAGAAACCAACAUGCCUUCUAUUCCAACAAAGAUAAAACUAUGUUCGUACAGGAAACAGGUCAGAGAAAACAAUAUUUGCCAGUUCCAGAGGGACAUAGAAUGCAAUGUCUCCAGCAAAUUCAAGCCACACCACAGUUUGAACAUAAUGUGCAGAAAAAUCCAUUAUCUAGUCUUGAAAAUGCAGCUGCCACCUCCAUGGCAGCACCAGUGAAGGAUAAACAGUUUUCCGAGGUCAAGGCUGAACAGGCCACAACAGAACAUAUGAAAGCACAACACACCCAAGCAGAGCUGGCAAAAGCUCAACACCAGGCUCAAGUGGAGCAACCCAAAGCCGAGUCGGCUAGGUUAAUUUUAGCAGGGCAGACUGGCUCAGAGGAAGUCAAAGCAGAACAGGACAGAGCAGAGCCAUCAGAAUGUGAGAGAGUAAGACUGAGGCAAGCAGAACCUUUUAAAGACAAGCAGAGGAACGAGGAACAGACAGAACAGUCCAAAGAAAAGCAUCUAGAACAAGCAAGAAAGGAAGACACUAAGGUGAAGCAAACCAGAGUGCAAAAGGGAAUUGAGAAGCCAAGCGAUAUUACAGAGGAAGCAGGAGGCGCACACAUGAAAAAUGAGCAGGGUGAGCAGGUCAACGCUGAACAAGCUGAAGUAGAUAUGCUAAAAGAAGAACACAUAAAAACUGAACUAGAAGAGACAGAGCAGGCACGAAUACGUACUGUACACUCCAAAAGAGAAAAAAUCAAUGUGGAGAAAGUUGAAGAAAAACAGUUAAAAGUAGAACAAAUUGAAAUAGAGCAGAAAAAUGCAAAACAAAUCAGAACGGAACAGAUUAAAGCAGAACAAGUUGAAAAGGAGCAAAGAAAAGACGAUAAAGCCAAGCAUGAGCAAAUAAAAGAGCAAAAGGCUAAAACAGAACAACUGAACAUGAGAGAAGCUGAAGUGGAAAGGGUCAAAGUAGAUCAAAUUAAAAUUGAGGAUAUUCAAGCGAAACCUAAGGAAGAUUCAAAUCAAGCAGGUCGCCUAAACACAGAGCAACCUACAACACAGUUACGUACAACCAAAGAGGCAAAAACUGAAGCGCAAACCCAUGUGGAGGUGGCAAAACCAGAGCUACCAAAAACAGAGGACCUGUAUGAAAAAGCAUUGUCCCAAAAAGAGAGAGCACAGACCAAGCAGGAGAUUCUGACUUCCAAGAUAAAAGCUCAUGCUGAAAAAGAGAUUUCAGCAAUUAGAGAAAAGGGUUUAAGAGAUGGAUUGUUAUCAAAAAAUUCCAGCAAGCAGUUAGCAGGUAGUCAGAGUAUCAAUAUUCGUCAGAGGCCACUGAUACAAGAGGUGUCUAAAAAGCAUGAAAGCACGGUGUCAAGUAAUAAUAAACCAAAGCACCAGAUUGAGCCUCCAGGAAUACAGUUGGAAACAGUCAAGUCUGUGUCUCCUGCCAGCUCUGCUGCAACACCAGUUAUGUCUGCAGUAACUACUGGUCAGUUAGUGGACAGCUCACAGAAACAGGUUCCCAAAGAACCAGUGAAAAGUAAUGACAAUGUGCUAGUAUCAUCCAGAACCACCAAACAGACAGGAAGCUCUACCACAAUCACAAACUUGGCAGAAAAUCAAGAGAAAAAGAAUCAGUCAGGAGUUAAUUCACCAUUGAAAAGUAAAGAGCAUGCAAUCAACGACCACCAAGCAAAACAGGAAUCAAAUCAUGAAGCAAAUGCUGGAAAACAGAAAGAAGAAAGACUUAAAGAUGACUCUGUCACAAGCAGUGACCAUCGCAACGAGAAGAAAAAUGAUUUAUCAGAUGCCACAGCUCUGGUCAAAGUCACACCAACAAAAAAUCCUGAAAUUAAACAUGAAGCAGUUCCUGAGGAUUCAGCGCCGACACUAAAUCUCGUCCUUCAAGAUCAGAACACGACCCCCAUGGUUGAUGACAACUUGCAGAUCAUGGGAAUAAUGGUAAUUGUACGAGAAAGAAAGCCACUCGAGACAAACGGUGAGAGGGAUAACAGUGCCCGAGAAUCUAUGAAUACAAAGAAGAAAGAAGGCAGUUCAGGUCAAGCAAGUAAAGAAAAUGAAUCUUCAACUGAAGGUAACACAGCAAAGACAAACAACAGAGUUGUACAGGAAAUGUGUCCAACAGAGAAGGAAGAUCAAACUAAAAUGAAUCCUCCAGAAAUUGUGCCGCAAACUUUAAGCGAAAGAAAGAACAAUGAGUCAGAGCGUGUCACUGAGAAAAAAGAAAAUCUUCAAGAGAGUUCUUCAAUAAAUACAACAUACCAAAGAGAAACACAACUGCAAAAACCAACGACUGAAAAAAGUGUACCAGCCACAGUCACUGCACCUGCUAAAAAUAAAGUGCUGUCUGAAACUCAACCCCUUCCCUCUAAGCAGCGCAUGAUAGAAAGUAGCAUGAAUGACCCCUCAAACAAAAUGCCAAAAGAGAACUCAGCAAAGAACACAAUGAAAGCAGAAGAAGAGAUAAAUUCACGAAAAACACAAGUAGCACAUACCCAUGAUACAUUCAUAGCCAAAAUGGAUAACACCGGAACAGAUUUCAAGACGAACUCUGGCAGAACAGAUGCUGAGUCUUCGAUAAAACAUGAUGUUCAGCUCUCAUCGACAAAAGACGUGAUGACUUGCAUAAAUCCCUCCAAAAGCUGGAACAUAGAUGGCAAGAGUGCACCCCUAUUAGAUGAGAAAACACAAGACUCAACCCCUCCACCUCACUCUUUAAAUGAAAAUCAAAACAGAUGUGUAACUCCAAAACUACAGUACAAAGAAACCUUCACAGAGAAAAAGAAUCAAGUGGAUGAUGUGCAUAUAGACAGCAUUGCCAUCAGAGUUGUGCCAUCAGUAACUAAGGAGGACAAGCAGGACAUAGCAGGAAAACCCUGUGUCACAGUUGUUCCUUCUAAUGUGGUCAAAGCUACUGAGCUUCAUGAAGUUGCCCCACCAAGGCAUGAAGAAAGAGCGAACACUUCAAACAAUGAUGACAGAAUCAAAGACCUCGCUCCUGCAAAUAGUGACAGACAGGUGGAAGACAAAUUGGGAGUACAGCAUGUGUUGGCUAGUGUGAGAAAACUGUCUGAUUCUUUAAAAAACAGCAACACAAAUGGAACGCAAACUGGAAAUGGAAAGCCUGAAACAGUAAAGGAGAGGGAGAACCUGGUCGUGGAAUCGAAGAUCAAAGCCAUGGAGGGAGACUACUUUCAAGUGCAAGGAGCAGAAGAAACAAAUGACGAACUACACAAUAGUGCAAACGGUGGAGAAACAUUAGAUGGUGUUUCAAAGGGAGGGGGACUUCCAGGGCCACUACCAAAUAAGACUCCUGUCAGCAACAAACCGUACAAAGAAUUACAAUAUGAAGCCUUUGUGUUGGAUCCCAUUAUAAAGAAAACACUGGAAUCAAGUCAAAUAAAAGGUCAAGAUGAAAACAUGGAAAAGAAAAACUUUGCAACUGAGGACAAGCUAGCUUCAAAACAGACUGACACACCCACAGAGAGACAGAACAGUAGUGAAAAGAUGAAAAACGGAAAACAACAGACUGUGAGCCAAUCUAGUUUAUCAGCCAGGGAAAGCCAGAGCUCAAGAAGUUCAGACCAAACAAGGGAUAACGCAAUCAGUGAGAAACCUGGAGUUAAACCAAAACUGAAAUCAUCCACAAUACCUGAAAUAUCUGCAAUUGCAGACUAUGCUAGAUUAAAAGUAAUUGUUUCAGAAGAGCAAGAAAGCACAAUCCAGGAAUUCCCACCGAAAAAGGAAGGAUUCUUUCCACUCAUACAGAGUCGCCAUUGCAGACGUCCAGUGUUCACUCUUGACCAGAAAGAAUACCCCGUGAAAGAGAAGAAAAUGCCAAAUAAACCAGAGAUGAGUGCCAAGGUGAACAAAGAGCCAAAAGCGUUAGUAUUUCCCAUCACAGAAAAGGAACACCAAAGAACUGGGAUGUUCAAACUGGGAGAUAAAGAAAAGCAAGAGAAACCAGAAACCCAAGGUAUAUCAGAUGCUGGAGCAAAACAUACUCAAUGUCUCAAAGAAAGAAUGAAGUCACCAACAACUCUUUGCAAGAACCAGGGACGUGAAGAGCAAGUGGCUAGAACUGAUGCUCAGAGACAAGUAGAUCAAAGUAAUCCUCUGUCAGACAAUCCUGACCUGCAAAUGAUAUUCUCAUCUGCUGCAGUCAACAGGCCAAGAAAUACAUCUGCAACACAACAUCUAAUGUCACCUGUGAACUUUAAUGCAUGUGAAAAACAUGAACAGCACAAAGAUGACAGCAGAACUCCAAGGAAAGCUGAGCCACUUGAUGACAAAUGGAUUAAGAGAAGAGAGGAGAGAGAAGAAAAGCCAAGUCAAGAAGGGCUUGCAACUCAGCAUGACGAAACCACAGCAAAACAGUCAGAGAAAGAAGAAGCAUCGCUAAUAGAAAAAGAGAAAAGGGCAGAAGAAAUCUUGAAAAAACGCAUCAUAGAGGAGAGCAGAGCUUCUCAAGCCGAAGAGGAGAGAAGAUCAGCUCAGAGAGAAGAGGAGAGGAGAGCAAAAGAGAGGGAAGCCAUCGCUCUUAGGAUCAAGGAGAGGCGGGAAAAACAGAGAGAUUCCGAUAAAAGAGCAGAGGAAGACAGAAAACCAAAACAAAUGAAAGAAAACAGAGCUGCUCCAAAAGAAGAAGAGAUGAGCGCAAAGCUAAGAGAAGGAGAAAGAAAGGUGAAAGAAACUGAGAGAACAAAAACUGAGGAAGAGAGAAGAGCAAAACUGAGAAGAGAGGAAGAGCAGUUAAAAGAAAAAGAGAAGAAGAGGUUGAAACAGCAAGAGGAGAGAGCUGUUCAAGAGGAGCAGCUGAGGAGAGCUGCACUUGAGAAACAAAAGUUAGCUGUUCAAGAGGAGCAGCAGAGAAGAGCUGCACUUGAGAAACAAAAGUUAGCUGUUCAAGAGGAGCAGCAGAGAAGAUCUGCUGAAGAGGAACGACAGAGGAGAGCUGCACAAGAGGAACAGCAGAGGAGAGCUGCACAAGAGGAACAGCAGAGGAGAGCUGCACAAGAGGAAAAGCAGAAGAGAGCUGCACAAGAGGAAAAACAGAAGAGAGCUGCACGAGAGGAACAGCAGCAGAGAGCUGCACAAGAAGACCAGAGGAGGAGGGCUGCACAAGAGGAGCAACAGAGGAGGGCUGCACAAGAGGAACAGCAGAGAAGAGCUGCACAAGAGGAACAGCAACAGAGAGCUGCACAAGAGGAACAGCAGAGAAAAGCGGGGCUUGAGAGACAACAGAGCACUGCACAGGAGCAGCAGAGACGAGCUUUACAAGAAGAACAUCAAAGAAGGGUGGAGCUUGAGAAACAAAAAAUGGCAGCACAUGAGGAGCAGCAGAGAAUAGCGGCACAAGAGGAACAGCAGAGGAGAGCUGCACAAGAGGAACAGCAGAGGGGUGUCACGCAUGAGGAGCAGCAGAGGAGAGCUGCAAGAGAGGAACAGCGGAGGAGGGAUGCACAAGAGGAACAGCAGAGGAGAGCUGCACAAGAGGAACAGCAGAAGAGAGCUGAACAUGAGCAGCAGAGAAGAGCCACACAAGAGGAGCAGCAGAGGGGUGUCACGCAUGAGGAGCAGCAGAGGAGAACUGCAAGAGAGGAACAGCAGAGGAGGAAUGCACAAGAGGAACAGCAGAGGAGAGCUGCACAAGAGGAACAGCAGAAGAGAGCUGAACAUGAGCAGCAGAGAAGAGCCACACAAGAGGAGCAGCAGAGGGGUGUCACGCAUGAGGAGCAGCAGAGGAGAGCUGCAAGAGAGGAACAGCAGAGGAGCGAUGCACAACAGGAACUACAAAUUAUAGCUGCACAAGAACAGCAGAGACGAGCCACACUAGCAGUGCAGCGAAAGAAAGAUGCCCUCAUUGAAGAACGAAAACAAAUCGAGCAGACUGAGGACAAAAUACUUGCUGAAAUUUUGGAAGAAAGGAAAAGAGCUCAGGGAGGGGGGGACAGGAAAGCUGUUGAAAAAGAGAAAACAGCUGCAAAGCAAAAUGUAGAUAAACAAGCCAAAGAGGAGAGAACUGUUCAACUUGAGGACAUCAACGCUGAGGGAGAAAGUAAAGUAGCGCGAGAAUGGCUAACUCAAAGAGAAGAUGAGAUCAAAGCCACAGUGAGUGAGGAAGAUGAAAAAUGUGCUACUCAGAGAAAAACAGAGAGAGCUACUCAGAUGGAAGAGCAGAGAAAAGCCGCACAGAUGAUGGAUGCUCUCCAGUAUUAUGCCAUCAACUCAACAGAAUCAGAAAGAAAAACCAAAGAAAGACAAGUAUGCUCCCCAUUUCCUUCCCAACAGAAACACAACCCACCAGAAUGUGACUCAACGGAGGACUCAGGAACAUACACAAGGCAUUAUAGGCCACAUGGCUCUGCAUCUCCAGCUCCCCGAUCCAACACCUCUUCGCCUGCUCUGGGAGCUAAGCCUUCAAUGUUUAGGGUGAAGGAUAACACCAUCAGAGGUUCCUCUUUCACCAAGCCGGUCAAACCACGCUUCCAUAAGAACUUUGGAGAUGAUUUCCGUGUGGGUUCACCCAUAGAAAGGGUGGCAGAAAGAGGAGAGGAAGAGCAGGAGAUAAUAAGACAUGGCGCUGACACAAGAUCAAACAGACUUGCUGUUAUCAAAGAAUUCUCAACUUCUCAGCCAGCGUCUUCAUCACAGGAUUAUUCAGCUCAUCAACCCCAGCACAGGCCUUACUCUAGGAGGAGCAUUGCCUUGGAUGAAGAUGAUUCUCGCUCUAUCAUCAGCAACAUGUCGGAAGGUGUAGAGAGUUUUGCCACCAGUGCAACAGAUCUGGCAGAUGUACGGAGCCUCUAUGACUACGACAGGCCGGAAUCAGCCUGUAGUUACAGCAGUGACAUGUCCCGAUCAAUGGGAAAGCCGCCAACUGUUCCUCCAAAGAGUGACAAAGCUAUGCAGAGAGCCAAAAGGUUGACGACUCGGAGGAUUAACAAAGAGUUGUGCAAAACAAAAGAAGAUAAGCAUGCUGGAGGUGAGAAACCUCCUCAAGAAGUGUGCAGAGUUCCUCCCUCCUCCUCAAAUGAGGUACAUUACUCCAACCGUCACGCUGUUGCUUCCCCUCACUUUUCCUCACCUAUCUCCCUUGCUCAUGCUCCAGUCAAUAUGCCCACCUCCCACACAGAGCACCCAUCAUCUCAUCACCCUGUCCAAGCUUCCCCUAAUGCAGCUGGUGCUAGCUCCCUCCCAAUUGCCUCACCCCACGUCACUGCUUCUGUUACCCUCCCUGUUGCCUCAUCUAAUCCUACUAGCCCUGCCUCUCACAAUGCUGUUUUGAAAACAGUACCUCAUGUUUCCUCUUCUCCCACUCUCCAUCAUGCCACCCAUCCAGCUCCAGUGACACAGUACCACGUAGAGUCAAGCUAUCCCCAGUCUUAUCCAUUUACACAGCGCAAAGUGCUGCAAGACCUCGGAUCGGGUCAAUAUUUUGUGGUGGAUGUGCCUGUUCAAGUGAAAACAAAGACUUUUUUUGAUCCGGAGACAGGAAAGUAUGUUCAGCUGAAUGUGCGCGAGUCCGGCCAGAGCACCUCCCGACCCCAGCCUCAGCAAACGUACCAACAGCCUCAACUUCAACCCCAAAUGCGAGUCAAGUCACAACAUCCCAACUCCCAAGCCUCUCCGGCUGGCAAGCCCAUAAUGAUGUAUCAAGGCUAUCACGGGUAUCCUCAAGGUUACCAACCUACAGCUAUCAACUCUGUGCCCCCCAAUGGGUCAUCAACCCCUUUGUCACUUCACCAGAACCAACAGCCUGUCAGGGAGAACCACAGCUACGGCUAUCCGACCUCUGAAGUGCAAGAGAACUCUGAAGGGCAUCGCUACAGCCCAGAGAAGACACCAUACAUGGACACGGUUAAUGAUACCGAGAAAACAUAUAACACACUUUACAACACACAUGGCUCAUAUGAGGCGUUCCCAGAGUGUGACACAAACAGCCAGCUUGCAGGAAGCUCAGUUUGUGAAAAUGAUAACUCAGCCCACACACGGUAUCAGCCCCGUGAUAUAAUAACUAUGGGUGAACUGGAAGACUUCAUGGAGGUGUCUGACUGGUGAAAACACAAAUUUAUAUUUAUUUGUAUAAAUGUAAAGCUUACAAAAAAAGCUAAAUAUAGUAUUUGAUUUAAAAAACAAAAAAAACAAAAGUGCAUUGUGAAUGGAUCAUGUAAUGCAGUAUUAAGCAUUUGUUUGUAAGAGACUUGAAUGAGUCAAUAGUCUCUGAAUGUUUUCUGUUAAAUUGCUGCUUUUUGCUUCAUUUUGGAGAAUGAUUGUUUAGCUAUUUAUUGUGUUAAGUUCACCAUUCCAUUUAGCGUAUGAAUGUAUGAAACUCAGAUAUGUUUCUUGUGAGUAGAGUGUGAUCAUUACUGCGCUGCCUCCUAAACCUAGUGUUGCAGUGCCAGAACGUCAACAGUGUUUAGUAGCUUGGAGAAAUCUUGUUCUCCAUUAACACUGGCAGGCUUGAAUAAGUGAAUUAUCUUUUUUUUUUCUCUUGUUUAAGAAAUCAUGAUUUUGUCAUUUUGUGAUGCAUGAGUGAGGUAUUUUAAAUCCACAUCUACUGUAUUUCAGACCUGCUGAUGGUGUAUCUCAUAGUUUAUGCAUUUAACCUCUGUGUCAAAGUGAAAACAUGGCGAUAUGAUUGUUGCAGUUUUUAAAGGUUAAUCUUAUGCAGUGGUCCAUUUUUAAAAGUUGUCUCUGUGUUGCUGUGAAGCAGAGGUGUUUGGUUUUUUUCGACAUGGACUUCAAACCGAUAAAACCACAAGUCAUUCAGUUAAAUAAUCUGCCAUCAUAAUGACAAUCUUUUAAAAAAAAAAAACUCAUUGUAAAGGUUAUGAAUAAAAACAAAACACAAAUAUGAUAGAUUGUUGCUGCAGGUUGAUUUUAUUUUACUACUCAACGGCCUAUAAUAAAAAUAACUGCCGCUAG